AUGGCUCCCGAAUCUAGAAAUAUCGUGCAGUUCAUUGCAGACGACCUGGGACUCAUGCUCGGAUGCUAUGGGCUCAAAUGCAUUCAAACACCAAACAUCGACAAGCUUGCGUCGGAGGGAUCAAUGUUCACCAAGGCCUUCGCGAGCACAGCGUCCUGUAGCGGGAGUCGCUCUACCAUCUAUACCGGGCUUCACACUCAUCAGAACGGCCAAUAUGGUCUCAAUCACGGAUGGAACCACUUUCAAACCCAUGAUCACAUCGAAACAGCGCCACAGAUAUUCAAUGCCUUGGGAUACCAAACUGGCAUCAUCGGAAAAGUGCACGUUGGUCCACCGUCCGCAUACCCGUGGGAAUGGUACGCGCCUAGUGAGAGCCGCGAUGUGCGAACCAGCGCCGCUCAAGCAGCGCAGUUCAUGGAUGACGCAACCGAAACUUGUCGGCCUUUCCACCUCACCAUUGGCUUUCGCGAUCCCCAUCGGGAUGCGACAAGGGGAGGCUUUGGAAAUGAUGAUGAGGAUAUCCAGGACAUUGAGGUUCCGGAUUAUCAGCCACAGGAUGUUGAGAUUCCUGAUUUUGCGACUGACGUUCCUGAGCUAAGAACUGAACUGGCCGAGUACUACAAGUCUAUUAGCCGAAUGGAUAAGGGAGUUGGUUUUGUCCUGGAUGAACUUGAGAAGCGAAAUCUGCACAAGAACACUCUCGUCAUCUUCAUGAGCGACAAUGGUGCUCCAUUUGUGAACUCAAAGACGACGCUUUAUGAUUCUGGAGUUCGACUACCACUGAUUGUGCGGAGGCCAGGUGAAGGGACUAUUGGUGGCACUGUGAACCCCAACAUGGUCUCCUUUCUCGACAUCCUGCCUACUUGCAUUGAUUGGGCUGGAUACAAAGAUUCUAAUGUUAAAACCAACCGCACUGGCAAGUCCCCGGCAAGGUUGGGAAGUUCCUUUCUGCCAAUUCUGAACUCUUCUCAGAUGGUUUCCGAGACUGAAUGGAAGCAACACGUUUUCGGGUCGCACACUUUCCACGAGAUCCAAAACUACUGGCCAACACGCUUCAUGCGGAACCACAGGUUCAAAUACCACCGCAACAUUGCCUGGCAGCUCAACUUUCCUUUUGGCACCGACAUCUACGGCAGCUUGAGCUGGGAAGGCAUCCGCAACAGUGCGCCUUUGACAGACAGCGAGUCGGAUACCCCCGAAGUGAUGCUUGGAAGACGUCGAUUGACAAGCUAUUUGUACCGUGGCCCUGAAGAGUUGUUCGAUCUGGAGGCAGACCCUGAAGAGAUUCACAACCUGGCAGGAGAACCAGAAUACGAGGCUCAAUUGGUAGAGAUGCGGGUGAAGGUAGAGGAGUGGCAGUACCUGACUGACGAUGUGUGGCUGUUCAAGGAUGGUGUCAGUGCAAUAACGAGCCAAGGUUAUCAAAAUCUCGGGCUGAAGUUGCCUGAUAGAUUUGACUUUGAUACCAGGAGACCCGGCAACGCAGUUGGGCCUCACUGGGCUCCAGUUAAGCGAAAGGAAGCGAGCCAGGACACAACAAAGCUGGGUUGA